AUGUCUCGUAAACCAAUACUAACGAAUGAUAACGACAAUAUUGAUGCUCCCUAUUUAUCUAGCAGCCACAAAGUAAUGCAAUAUUUACGAAGUUCACCACGUUCUGCAGUCAAUACUAGGACUACUAAUACUACUAAUUUUAAUUCUGCUAAUGGUCAAAAUGAAAUAUUUUCCUCUACGGAUAAUCCAGUUAACGGCAUAGAUGCAUCUAUAAAUAAUCAAUUUUUCCAACAUGCGCGUUCGUGUUCUGACAAUUGUUCAUCAGCAUCUGAAAUUGAUCCAUUAUCACAAGUUCAUUUCGACUUCAGUCCUAGUCUAUCCGAUCCUGGUGGAUAUCGCAGUGUACUUAGUUCAAAUGCGUCUUCGUCCGGUGUAUUUAGUGCCUUUUCUGAUGUUUGUCAAGAAGAAAAUACAUUUAGUUCUCAGGAAGACUUGGAGUUUAACCUUGGGUUUGAUCAGAGUGGCAUUAGUGAUGGAAUUGAAGUAGCCGAUCGUGACGAUCUCGAUGAAAAUCAAGCAAUUUCAAAUAGGACUAGUGAUACGAUCACAUUACUAGAUUUUGAUGAAUCAAAUUUAAAUGCACGCAUCCAUGAGUUAGAAGGACUCCUUCGUAAAUCUAAUAGUUCAACAUCCAUUAAUAGUAAUGGUGAAAUUAAUAGCGAUGAUAUAAUAAUAGAUAGUCAAACUAAAAAACAACAGCAAAAGAACAGUGCACCGUUCCUACAUGAUUCAACGUAUACGUUAUGUUCACCUGAUCGUUUUGCUGCUUACGCCGAAGAUGAUAAUGAUAAUAGUAGUGAUAUCACUCCAAAGAUUAUUAGUAACCGUUCUAAUUCAUUAAGUAUUCCUGUAUUAAAUAAGAAAUCAGUGUUAUUGGAUAAUCCACCAAAAAAAGUUGUUCACUUUGCCGAUAUGCUGUUUGAAACUUCAAUUCGAAAAAUAUUUCAAGCUUCAAAUUUUCGUCUUUCAUUUAUUAAACACUAA